AUGUCGUCCAGCGAAACAGGACUGCCCGAGGGCUGGGAGAUCCGUCGCUCCAACAGCAAGAACCUGCCGUACUACUUCCACGCCGCGACCAAGGACUCGCGCUGGGAGCCGCCCGCGGGCACUGACCCGGAGAAGCUCAAGCAGUACAUGGCUGCCCACCACAGCUCCAAGGGCGUUGCGCCCGCCAACUACGCCAACGCGGGCGACAAGAUCCGCGCCGCCCAUCUGCUCGUCAAGCACAGGGACAGCCGGCGCCCGGCCAGCUGGAGGGAGCCCAACAUCACCCGCUCCAAGGAGGAGGCGCGCACGCUGAUCGAGGGCUACGAGGCGCAGAUUCAGGCCUACGAGGGCACCGCGCUGGACAAGGCCGCCGAGCCCAAGUCGCUCUCGGAGCUGGCCACAACCGAGUCGGACUGCAGCAGUGCGCGCAAGGGCGGCGAUCUGGGCUUCUUCGGCCGCGGCGAUAUGCAGAAGGAGUUUGAAGAGGCUUCGUUUGCGCUCGAGAAGGGACAGGUGAGCAAGGUGGUCGAGACUGCGUCCGGGCUGCACUUGAUCCAGAGACUGGAGUAG